GGGUGAUGACAUCAUGAGUCGGUGGCGUCGUUCAGUGGACGAGCUGGCAGCGAGGCGGCGGCAGCAGGUCGAGUGUGAGCGCGCUCAGGAGGCUCUCAGUCGGGUCACUUCCUGUUUCCAACAGCUGGCAGCAUCACUCGGCAGCUCUGCGGACUGCAGCUUCCUGCGAGAUGAGAUGGACGAGACAAGAGCGCUAGCACACCGAAUCUGCAGCGGCCUGUCCCGGCGUCUGGUGCGUCUGCUUUCAGACGGUGACUCCGCCCCCACAGGUGUGGAGGACAGACAGGUAUCAGAACGUCUGUGGGUUCUCUUCCUGUCGUCAUUAGAGAGCUUCCUGUCUGACCUCCGUAAGGCCUGCGGUCUGAUUGGACAGUUCCCUCUGACCCAGCGCUAUGACAGACGCUCCCUAGUCAACACAGGAUGUAUUGAUGGCGUGGUGGGGGUGGCAGCUCGAGUGGCUUCAGUCCAGGCACCGUGGCUCACCUUGGAGGAGGAGCCAAGCCCUGAUCUGACCAGUCAUAUUGCAGGACUGGAAACCAUGCUGAGUGAGAUGCAGCUGAGGGUUCCUGUUGCCUUCUGGUCCGUAGAGGCGACCCAGCCAGCGUGGGCUGAAGCUUGCGCUGAACUGGACGAACCAGACGACACCCUGGAAGACCUGAUGGAGGUUGAGGUAGUCUCCAACAGCAACAGCAAUAAGAUGGUAGCCUGCUGCCAGCCACCGUGCUGGGGACUGGGCUGUGUCGGGUAGAGGGUGGAGGAGGUGGAGUCCUGACUCAGCUGCAUUAAACACACCUGACAAGAUUACAGGAUACUCAUGACUGUGUGUGAAUAAUAAAUGUUUAAUAGAAGUUUAGAUUAGACUAAUCCAACUGUUGAUCUGAUCAGAUUAGAUUACAACCAUUGAUCACAUUCGAUUACUACAACCAUUGAUCAGAUUAGAUUACCAUUAAUAAAU